AUGGCAAAAGAGCAAGCUGUCUAUUCCCACGGUCAUCACAGAUCAGUGGUCGAAGACCAUGCACGUCGAACGGUCCAAGACUCGGCAGCUUUUCUUCUUCCCCAUAUCAAACCCAACCACAACAUUCUCGACGUCGGCUGUGGUCCCGGUACAAUCACUGCGGAUCUAGCGGCCCUUGUGCCGGAGGGCAAGGUCAUCGGUGGCGAUGCCGUCGAGUCUGUCCUCGAGCAAGCUACCCAGUUUGCCUCCUCAAGAGGACUGACGAAUAUCACAUUCCAAAAGAUCGACGCCAAUGACUUACCGUUUCCGGACAACUCUUUUGACAUUGUGUUUUGUCACCAAGUCCUGCAACACGUGAAAGAUCCCGUUGCCAUAUUGAAGGAGAUGCGAAGGGUCGCCAAACCUGGCGGUAUUGUGGCGGCUCGAGAAGCGGACUACAAGUCAUUCGCUUGGUAUCCAGAGACCCCUGAGAUAACUAGGUGGGCGGAACUCUAUCAGAGCGUCGCAAAGACGAAUGGCGGCGAACCAAACGCAGGGCGAUACUGUCACGUGUGGGCAAGACAAGCUGGCUUCUUGCCGGGUGAAAUCACUGCCACGUGGGACUGCUGGAGAUACGCUGGGCAACGAGUGACUCAGUUCUCUCAAAGCUGGGCUGGGAGGAUCCUGCAACCGGGAUUCUUGGGGACGGCUGUCAGAGAAGGCUUUGCGACGGAGGAUGAGAUCAAGAACAUCUCUGAAGGCUGGAAGAGAUGGUCCACGGAUCAGGAUGCUUUCUUUGCCAUUCCUAGCGGACAGAUCUCGUGUCGUAAGACAUAG